GUCAACUCCUGUUUUACUUCUUUUCACUAGCGCUUCUCUCUUCUCUCUUCUCUCUUUCUUGAUUUUCUUGGAGAAAAAGCUAUCGCUUCCAUCUCUCUCUCUACUGCUAACAAAACAACACAUGAACAUGGAAGGAGACACAUCAGAGAUUCCACGGGAUGCAAUACCAGGAAAGACGAGAAGCAUGCUAAAAAGGAAGACGAGAGAUUACGACGACGGUCAAGGCAACGUUGCGGAGGAGACGACGGAAACGACGACGACGACACCUAAAUGGCUUUUAGAGAAGAUGGAGGAUUUUCAAGGCUAUGAUGCAAAUCAGAUUAUGGAGUUGAAAGAAGUCAAAGCUACUGAUCUGGACAAGAAUCAAGGUCGACUCUCGCUACCUAAACAUGUAGAUAGAAACUUCUUGAGCGCUGCCGAACUAGGAACCCUAGCUGAAGUUCCCAAGAAAGGGGUGAACUGUCUCUUUAUUGAUACUAAUGGAAAAGGUCAUGCUGUUGAGUUGAGAGAUUGGGCCAACGGUUUGGUGUUAACCAAGGGAUGGGGUAAAGUGAUUGAGGAGAAACUGUAUACGAUUGGUCAAAAGUACCCUCUUUGGUGUUUCCGCUCAAGAAACAAUAGCGAUAAGCUUUGUUUCACUCUGGUUAAACCUGACCAAGACGUCCUUCCCAACGUCGACAACGAAGAUGCGAAGCUAAGUGAUACAGAAGAAGAAGAAGUUGCAAACACAAACGAGGCUGAAUCUUCUUUAGUUGACCAUCCAGCUGGCUCUCCUGAUGGUCACAGCUCUCUUCCUGGCGAAGAUAUGGAUUUAUAUGUGGACGGUUUCUAUAUUCCCACCAAAGCAGAAACCGAAAGCAUCUCUUUCCGUGACGAUUCUGCCUGAUUCAGUGAUUCUGAUAUGAUUUUGUCAAGAUCAUCAGUACGUGAUACUUUGAUUGCUGAUAGGUUUAGCAGCUGUUGCUUCCUUCUUUAUUUUGGUGUGAGAGUGAACAUAUUACCACGCAAAAUGUAAAGUUCUUUUCUUUUGGUUAUGUUUGUGUAGACAUUUUCUUAGACUCUGUGGAUUCUACAAGCUUUGAAAGAAUUUUCCUCUGUUGCA